GGAUAAUACGAGGAAAGAAAUCCUUGCACGUUACUGUCAAAAUGAAUCGUUCUCAAGAACCCGUGAACUUACUGACUUGGGAACAAAUUUCGGCUCUCAGUUGAAGGCUUCCUCUUUCCAUCAUACUGCUGAAAAAGAAUAAAAGGAACAUCUUCAGAUUGAGGACUAAGCCAUGAGAAUGCACAGGCAACUAAAUUUUGAACUACAAAGGCGGGUCCACCUGCAAUCACGUACACUCGCACCACGUACAAGACUGCGGUGCAGACAAAAUGGGAUCCACCGGUAAGAGGAUGGGCGGCGUAAGGUGCUGGUACCGCUGCAACACUGUGAAUGGCCACUGUGACACGGCGGCGGAGGCCGUUGUGGUGGUUUGCACAUGGCGGAGGAAGUGGAACCACCAGGUGUGGGCUCCAUUUGGAUUACGGUGACGUAAUUAGUGUCAGUUCUCUCAGCCAUUGCGAGUGUAUUACUGCUAGCAACCUGCCGGCGGAGGAGGAGGAGGGAGGAACUUUCAUUUCAUUUUAGUCCUUGAAUUUUAGGAAAAGUGGCAUUAGCCUCCAACAUUUCAGAAAUUAUGAAUUCAUCCCCGCGGAGAUGGGAAACCGGAAAAAGCAUCCGGAACCGACACGUCAUCAUCAAAGUUUCCUUGGUAAAGAGCAUCCUCCUUUGACCGUUAAAGUGGUUUUGGAUCUUCUAGGAGCCGUGAAGCCUGCCGCACUGAAUCGUAGCUCAUGUCAAAUAAAUACUUGAUAUUCAAUCAGAUCACAAUCUAAUUAAAAGGAGCUCAGAAGUAUCUUAAAAUUUCACUCCAUUACUAUGCAAAUUUUCAGAAACCAAUUUUAGACUGUAGAUACAUUCUCCAUUCCACCUUUCUCAUUUGAAGAUUUAAACCUCAGAAGUUGUCAUUUUGAAGAGGAUUUGCCCUCGCAUUCGAGGAUACUAAGCGGAGGUUUCUCAAUCUUCAAUCAAGCACUGCCUGAUAAAAGUUCUGAUAUUGGAUCUCCACCUACCACUGUCUCGGAGAAAAAAGGUUCUGAUGUUGCAUCUCCAGUUUCUAUUGUCUCAGAGAAAAAAAGUUCUGAUGUUGGAUCUCCACCUUCCAUUGUCUCGGAGAAAAAGAGUUCUGAUGUAGAAUCUCCACCUUCCAUUGUCUCGGAGAAAAAGAGUUCUGAUGUAGGAGAUCCAGCUUCCAUUGUCUCGGAGAAAAAGAGUUCUGAUGUUGGAUAUCCACCUUCCAUUGUGUCGGAGAAUAAGAGUUCAACACAGGAUUCAUCUUCUAUGCUGUCUACAUCAACCAUAUCUUCUUGGGCCAAAAGUCUGAAGCUUCCACAGAUCCAACAGGACUCAGAGAGUGCAAAUCCUGGAAAGUUCACCUUUUCACGCCUUGCUAGUGGGAUUGGACUGCAGAUUUCUUCAAAAGCAUCUGCAUCAACUGAGAGUGCUAACAACAGCUCUGCCUCUGCACAAUCAGGUGCUAUUGAAUCAUUCACGAAAGGGAUAGUUGACUCCUCUUUAAAUGCUGUGAAGGCUGUGCAAGUAAAGGCAAGACAUAUUGUCUCACAAAAUAAGCGCAGAUACCAGGAGGGAGGAUUUGACUUAGAUAUGACAUAUAUAACUGAGAAUAUAAUUGCUAUGGGAUUCCCUGCUGGCGAUCUAAGUUCUGGCCUAUUUGGAUUUUUUGAGGGAUUCUAUCGGAAUCAUAUGGAGGAAGUGAUCAAGUUCUUUGAGACUCAUCACAAGGGAAAAUAUAAAGUCUACAAUCUUUGUUCAGAGAGGUUAUAUGAUGCUUCACUAUUUGAGGGAAAGGUUGCAUCUUUCCCGUUUGAAGACCACAAUUGCCCUCCUAUUCAUCUUAUAAAAUUGUUUUGUCAAAGUGCUUACUCGUGGUUGAAGGAGGACAUAUUAAAUGUGGUAGUUGUCCACUGUAAAGCUGGGAAGGCAAGGACGGGACUGAUGAUUUGUAGCCUUCUACUGUUCUUAAAGUUCUUCCCAACUGCUGAGGAGUGCAUUGAUUACUAUAACCAGAAAAGAUGCGUGGAUAGCAAGGGUCUUAUUCUUCCAAGCCAGAUUAGGUACGUGAAAUAUUUCGAGCGAAUCUUGACACAGUUCAACGGUGAAACUCCCCCUGGACGUAGGUGCAUGCUAAGAGGAUUUCGGCUUCACAACUGCCCAUAUUGGGUUAGACCUGCUAUUACAAUAUCUAAUCAUAAUGGUGAGUUGUUUUCGACGAAAAAGCAUCCAAAAACGAAGAAUCUCAUGCCUGAAGACUUCUGGAUCCGUGCACAAAAGAAGGGAAUUGUGGUUUUUGCCCUACCAGGAGAACCUGGUCUAACUGAACUGGUGGGAGACUUUAAAGUUCAUUUCCAUGAUCGUCAAGGAGAUUUCUACUGUUGGAUGAACACUACAAUGAUGGAAAAUAGAGUGAUUUUAGAAGGUUCCGACCUUGAUGGCUUUGACAACAGAAAAUUGCCUUCCCCAGGUUUUCAGGUGGAAAUUGUGAUGAUAGAUUAUGAUGGAACAAUUCCACCCAAAAUGAAAACUGAUCGUAACAAAAACAAUGGGGAUGGAAAAUCGAGAGAUGCUCCUUCUAGUAGUGAAAAUAAAGCUAACUCUCAACAGAGUAACACCUCUAGAAAACAAAACAAUGAAGAUGAUGUAUUUUCUGAUAGCGAGGGGGAAGAACCUGCUUCAAGAAGCACAAUGAAUCAAACCCUCUCUGCUGCAGGAACUGCCCGACAUUCUGAAUCUGGCACCAAAGAUGAGCACAUCCCCACCAUAUCUCAUCAAACUGAACAACUAUCUCUGGGUCGAGAGUCCACGAGCUCCCAGUCUAGAAAUUCCCGUGAAAUGAAAAUCAAUGUGGUGGAGAGAGCUCCCACAAUCCCUGACUUGGACACCACUGAUAUCAAAGCCAUUGCCGCAGAUGCUUCGGUUUUCAGUUUUGCAGAUGAUGAAGAUUAUGAAAGUGAGUGAAAUGGUGAUGAGAGCCAAUUUCUGCUAAUGGGGCAUUUCAACAUUACUGCUUUUAAUGGGGCAGGCAGAUUGGCAACUGAUGAUUGGUUUCAUCUCCUCGCUCUCAAAUCAGCUGAAGUUUGACCUUGUGCAUCCAUAAUUCAUGUAUGAAUGCCAUUUUAGUUUUCAAUUGCAUGUAAUAUGUCGUUGUCUGUUUCUAUAUUUUGGGUCUUUGCUAGAUCCCAGCAUCAGGUGCUUUUUGAGAGAAAAUGAUGUACUAGAACUUUGUGAUGUUGCAGUCCAUCAUCAAAAUACAUGCUAUAUCAUGGACACUAUUGCACUUUGCUACGGUUUUUCAUAUGCCUUGUAUUGGCGAUACCUGCCGUGAUCUCACAAGUUAACUACCACAAAAUUCAGGUACAAUUUAUGAAAAUAUCUCCAACAGAAAAUUUAAGCUGGGAGCACUUUGUCCAUGGACCCUUCAAAGAACUCAAAAUGAAUAUUUAAAUACACUGAUACAGAACAAUUACAGCCGGCUUUUCUUAUGAAAGAAGAUAAUGUUGAUGCAGCUCUAUUUCCACCCUCCAGCAAUUCAGGCAUACGAUUAAUCCUUGCAGCGGUACGAACACAUUUUUUGAGUUCCAGGCUUCUCAUAGAACAAAGCCUUAAAGGUAACAAACUCUCCUUUGACUUCUAAAUAUAAUGCCACUCUUUCAGACCUCAUAAAGCACGCAUUGAGUGUAAAGAUUUCCAUCUCAUCUUGCUAAAA